AUGCAUAUCCUUCCAGGAUCCCAACAUGCGGCAGAGUUGGGCAACAGUGGAACUCCAAUACACCCUGUUCGUUGCGAUCCAGAACAGAAAGCCGAGACUAUCCCGCAAACGACGGGUAUAGCUCAUGUGAACCCUAAAUGGCGACCGUCAUACCACCUUGCUGCGCCCCGGGGGUGGAUGAAUGACCCCUGUGGGCUUGGAUAUGACCCGACGACUGAACUGUACCAUCUGUCCUUCCAAUGGAACCCGCACGGGAAUGACUGGGGCAACAUCUCCUGGGGCCAUGCCACUUCGAACGAUCUAGUGUCCUGGCAAAUAUCGCCCGAGCCAUGUCUCACGCCGUCUGCGGAGUAUGAUCGAUGCGGCGUGUUCACUGGCUGCUUCCGUCCUCACGGUCCGGAUGGCAAGCCAGGUGUACUUACGUAUGUAUACACGUCCGUAAAUCACCUUCCACUCCACUAUACUCUGCCGUAUGUCAAGGGCAGUGAAUCGCUCAGUAUAGCAGUCUCCCAUGACCAUGGCACGACAUGGCAACGAUUCGACAGUAAUCCGAUUCACCCCGGCGCCCCUGCAGGACUCGAGGUGACAGGCUGGAGAGACCCUUAUCUGAACUGCUGGCCCUCGUUGCGGGCCCAGCGACAAGAUGGAGUGGCCUCCCCGAACCUGUAUGGAUUUAUCUCCGGGGGCAUUGCUAAAGAGUCCCCAACAGUCUUUGUAUAUGUCGUCAAUCCCGACAAUUUGACUGAGUGGACAUAUAUCGGGCCUUUGCUUCAUGUUGGCUUAAAUUAUCGACCCUCUCGAUGGUCGGGGGAUCUCGGCGUCAACUGGGAAGUUGCCAACUGCUUUACGUUGACAGAUGGCGGCGUCUCCCGAGAUUUUGUGAUCUUCGGCGCAGAGGGAUGCUUGUCUUGCGAGGUUGGAUCAAAGAGAGUACCGCGCUCCCUGCUCUGGAUGUGUAUUAAUGUCCGACCCAGACUGCAGGCGCAAAGCAGUUGCGAGCCUCUCGCAGAAUAUUCAUUCUCGGGGAUCUUCGAUCACGGGUGCUGCUACGCCGCAAACUCUUUCUGGGAUCCGGUCACGGAGGAGUACGUCGUAUACUGCUGGAUUACAGAAGAGGAUUUACCGGAUCGUCUGCGCCAUCGACAAGGCUGGAGUGGCGUCAUGUCUCUACCGCGACUAGUAAGGCUGGUGACUCUUCACCAUGUCAAGCGAGCCCACCAGUCGAAGCUGGAAUCCAUUACGUCUAUCGAAACAGAGCGCCAUUCGCAAGGUACACGGGUGCGAACAUUGAGUAUCCGGCCGGACCCCAGGCUCAACAUACUUCGAACAUCAGCACGAGAGCUGCAUUUAUCCAAAGUACAACUGGGUUCUGUGGCCCAUCAGCCCCCUGCAUUCUUGCCCUUGCGCACUGCUAGGUGGGAAUUGAACGCAACCUUCGUGAUUGGGAAGCACUGCGCGGCAGUAGGAUUGGAAAUCGGCCAUAGCCCUGGUGAGCACUCACGCUUCUUCUUUCCCCCAAAAUUGCAACAAUUGCUGACGCACGAGGAAGAUUUCCACCAGCGCACCACCCUAUCAUGGAAACCAUACGACGAGACGUUCACAAUCGAAAGGCCUUCGCUUCACGAUGCCGGUAUCAACCAUGUCCCCGAGACCGCUCCGCAUACUCUCUUCACCUUCUGCAACAAUAAAGGCGAGGAGGUGACGGAACCGCUUCAGAUCCACGCCUAUUUCGAUGCAAGUGUGCUAGAAGUGUCCGUGAAUAGCAGAACAGUCAUCUCCACACGCAUCUAUACACCCCACGCGCAGGUCUGCACGGGGUUGAAAUUCUUCGCCUCGGCAACCGAAAGCCCGCCGAAACCAUCAACAUCUGCUCCUGCUGCUGUGCUGGUGAGAGCAGAUAUUUGGGAUGGACUGAGUGUGAUUCGUGAUGAAAUUAAGCAUUAG